GGCCGCGGUGGCAGUCGGCGGCGGCCAUGGAGGCGGCGGCCGCUCCGGGCCCUGCUCCGUUACCGGGCCCGGUUCUUUACCGUUCGGUGCAUUGGUUUCGCCGUGGGCUACGUCUCCAUGAUAACCCGGCGCUACAGGAAGCGUUGAGGGACGCCACGUCCCUCCGUUGCAUCUAUAUCCUGGACCCUUGGUUCGCCGCUUCUUCCUCUGUGGGCAUCAACCGCUGGCGGUUUCUGCUCCAAUCUCUGGAAGAUCUGGACAACAGCUUAAGGAAACUCAACUCUCGCUUGUUUGUCGUGCGAGGGCAGCCAACAGAUGUCUUCCCAAGGCUCUUUAAAGAAUGGGGAGUCACUCGUCUCACCUUCGAAUACGACUCGGAGCCGUUUGGUAAGGAGAGAGAUGCAGCUAUCGUCAAAUUGGCCAAGGAAGCUGGCGUGGAGGUGGUGAUAGAGAACUCCCACACCCUCUAUGACCUUGACAGAAUAAUUGAGCUGAAUGGCCAAAAGCCACCCCUCACCUACAAGCGCUUCCAAGCCAUCAUUAGCCGUAUGGAGCUGCCCAAGAAGCCGGUGAGCACCGUGAUAAGCCAGCAGAUGGAAACGUGUAAAGUGGACAUCCAGGAGAACCACGACGAUGUGUAUGGGGUCCCAUCACUGGAAGAGCUGGGCUUUCCUACAGAUGGUCUUGCCCCUGCGGUUUGGCAAGGAGGAGAGACAGAAGCCUUGGCACGACUGGAUAAACACUUGGAAAGAAAGGCUUGGGUUGCAAAUUACGAAAGGCCACGGAUGAAUGCCAACUCGCUGCUGGCCAGCCCCACAGGCCUCAGCCCCUACCUGCGCUUCGGCUGCUUGUCCUGCCGCCUCUUCUACUAUCGUCUCUGGGAGCUGUAUAAGAAGGUGAAGAGGAACAGCACACCCCCCCUGUCUCUGUACGGACAGCUUCUGUGGCGGGAGUUUUUCUACACAGCGGCCACAAACAACCCCAAGUUUGAUCGUAUGGAGGGGAACCCCAUCUGCAUCCAAAUCCCCUGGGACAGGAACCCUGAAGCCUUGGCAAAAUGGGCAGAGGGCAAGACGGGCUUCCCUUGGAUUGAUGCAAUCAUGACCCAACUGAGACAGGAAGGGUGGAUCCACCAUCUGGCCAGGCACGCGGUGGCCUGCUUCCUGACCAGGGGCGACCUCUGGAUCAGCUGGGAGUCAGGAGUCAGGGUAUUUGAUGAGCUGUUGCUGGAUGCAGAUUUCAGUGUCAAUGCCGGCAGCUGGAUGUGGCUUUCCUGCAGCGCCUUCUUCCAGCAGUUCUUCCACUGUUACUGCCCCGUGGGCUUCGGACGUCGCACGGACCCCAGCGGGGACUAUGUUAAGAGGUAUUUACCCAAACUCAAGGGUUUCCCCUCACGGUAUAUCUAUGAACCAUGGAAUGCUCCAGAGUCUGUGCAGAAAGCAGCCAAGUGCAUCAUUGGGGUGGAUUACCCCAAACCCAUGGUGAACCACGCAGAGACCAGUCGCCUCAACAUCGAGCGCAUGAAGCAGAUCUACCAGCAGCUCUCACGCUACAGGGGACUCUGUUUACUGGCAUCAGUCCCUUCAUGUGUGGAAGAUCUCAGUGGCCCUGUCUCAGACUCGGCCUCAGGGCAGGGCUGCAGCAGCAGUACGGCGCUGCGGCUGUCACAAGCAGACCAGGCUUCUCCCAAGCGCAAGCACGAGGGAGCAGAAGAGCUAUGCACUGAGGAACUGUCCAAACGAGCCAAGGUGACGUGUCUCCCUGCUCCUGAGAUCCCUGGCAAGAGUUUGUGAUUCCAGCCACAAGCACCUUGCAAGCUAAGAGAGAAUGCUGAAGAGGUGACCAGAGGAGAGACUGCUGCCACCGAGGGACUGGAAUUUGUGAGCAGCAGGAAAAUCUGGGCUCAUUUAAAUGUGUCAUUCCAAUAGCCGCCACAAAGGGGCGCUGCAUUACUUGUGCUUGGGAAUAUUUGGCUUACUACUGGUCCCUACGGAGCCAAAUAUCUCUCUUCUUAGCCAUGCCCAAAAUCUGCCCACAUUUAAGGGGACAAAAGCCUUCUGUCAACUUGUUCACUCCCAGGUGUAAGUUUCCUUUCUGACGACGGCUCAGUGCGUGUGGCUUGAUGUGUCGGUGUAGGGAGCAGCAUCUGUGCACCUCCAAUACCAAACAUACUCUCUCAUCCCUAGUUCCAGGCACUGGGGUGUACUGAUGACUUCACAUUGUGGUAGGGCUUGAGAAGGAAGCUGCUACAAUGACAGAAAUAGAGCCUCUGUCCUACAAGAGAAGAGGAAAACCUCAGGGUUGCUUUUGUUUGGGUAGACUCGGGGGGGAUUAAAUGUUUUCUGACUUAAAUCAUGGUGGUACUUGUGUGGGAUGGAAAUGAAAUGAAGGACAACUGUAGCACAAGAACAAAGGAACACAAACUGUCUGUACACUUGAAAGGCACUUAAAUCUUCCCCAGCAGAAGAAUCACUGCUGCAAGGUGAGCCAUAGUGCUGUUGCCCAAGAAGGGGCAGCUUCAGAGCAGUUUGAUAUCUUGGGGGCAGGGAGGCACUUGGAGAGAAGGAGAGACUCUUCAGAGAAUUGGAUCCCGCCCUGAGAGGAGUAAAGCAGCCUCCCAGAAGCUUCCUUGGCUGAGGGAGAGUGGUAUGUGGGGUGCAGGCCGUGGGGUGCCCCUGGCCAUGGGGGCUGUGCCUCUGCCUCAGCCCCUUGGCCUUUCUGUGGGUGUUUGCUCUUCCCUCUACUGUUGUCUGUGUUUGGAGUUGCCACUCCAGUGCUCCCAUAGCCUGCACACUGCUGCUUCUCACCACGGGGCUUCCUGCUGGUGCUUUUUCACAGCCCAGCAGGACAACUCUGUGGCUCUCCUGGCUCCUAAUCAUACCCUUCUUGGCCUGCUCCUGUCCUAUGUCACUUCAGCACAGUGCUGGGAGAGAGAUGCUGCAGAAGAGCCUCUGUUGGCCAUUUUCAGAAGGGAUGAGAUGAAGCAACUGACCCCACAUAAUGGACUGUAGCUGGCACUGUUUUCACUUGCUGUCCAAAAGCUUUCCCCCCAGCCUGGCACAGAGUGAGAGGCUAUGUGUGAGCUGUGCAGCUAACAAGCUCUCGCCCACUCUGACUGGGAUAACCAGAUGUGGUUUUGGAGCCCAUGUUUGAGCUCAGAGCAAUGGGGAUGCAAGUAGAAACUGACUCCAGUGUACGUGGGGAACCCAGAGUAGUUGAAGUGGGGCUGUGAGUUAAUUUAUUGAGUAGCUGAACACCCUUUCCUUCCCACUAGUCUCUCUGGGGCAUUGACUCUAGAUUCCUUUUCCCAGGGGAAUCCACUGGGCAGACUGACCAAGUAAACAAAUCACUCUUCCUGCCCUUGCUUUCUUCUAAACAACUACUCACAGUCUGCUUGGUGGAUAACCCAGUAUUCAACAGGUUUUGUCUCCUUCAGUCUGACCCUGACCUUACUCCCACUGUCUGAGGGUAGAAAGGUGUAAAGAAACAGAGACCCUCACCUUUGCUACAGAGAGAAGAAAGGGAAAAGCAUGCACUUUGUACACUGAGGUUACAGAAAUUGUGACUUCUGGCAUUUGGAGAGUUUCCUGUUUAGGCAAUGGUCUGUAAAUAUGAUUUUUUGGGGGGUUUAUAUAUAUAUAUAUGUAUAAAG